UGAACUGAUCCUUGGAGGUCCUUCUGGGCCUCGUUCGCUUGGUGGUGGAGCGGAAGCAGUUUCUGCACAGCCUGGGCAGGGUCUGGUGACCUUUGAGGAGGUGGCCGUGCAUUUCUCGGAGGAGGAGUGGGCUCUGCUGGAUCCAGGCCAGAGGACUCUGCACAAAGAAGUCAUGGAGGAGAAUUGUGGGAUCCUGGCCUCUCUGGGUGAUCACAGGGAGAGCAAGAAAAAUGGCCCACACCAGGGAAGGGAAACUGAAACUGAAGAGAAGAGGGAAAACGAAUCCAUUUCUUUUGAAGGAUCAGAGGUCUGUGAAACUCCAAUACUAGAAGCACCAAGUAAAAAGAACAUUUGUAAAAGGAAGAAACAGAGUAAAACUCAGAAGAUUCAAUCUAACAAAUAUCAAAGGUUUCAAUGUUUAGUGUGUGAAAAACAAUUCACUUUCAACUCACAACUUAACUUGCAUCAAAGAAUUCACACUGGGGAGAAACCCUAUAAAUGCUUAGAAUGCGGGAAGACUUUUGCUCAGCUCACACAUCUUAAGCAGCAUCAAAGAAUUCACACUGGGGAGAAGCCCUAUAAAUGCUUAGAAUGCGGGAAGACUUUUACUCAGCUCACACAUCUUAAGCAGCAUCAAAGAAUUCACACUGGGGAGAAGACCUAUAAAUGCUUAGAGUGUGGGAAGAGCUUUGCUCUGGGCAAACAACUUAAGCAGCAUCAAAGAAUUCACACUGGGGGGAAGCCCUAUAAAUGCUUUGAGUGUGGGAAGAGCUUUGCUCUGGGCAAACAACUUAAGCAGCAUCAAAGAAUUCACACUGGGGAGAAGCCCUAUAAAUGCUUAGAGUGCGGGAAGAGCCUUGCUCACAGCACAAGCCUUAAGCGGCAUCAACAAAUUCACACUGGGGAGAAGCCCUAUAAAUGCUUUGAGUGUGGGAAGAGCUUUAUUCAACGCACAAGCCUUAAGCUGCAUCAAAGAAUUCACAAUGGGGAGAAGCCCUAUGAAUGCUUAGAGUGUGGGAAGAGCUUUGUGCGCAGCUCAAGCCUUAAGCACCAUCAGGAAAUUAACACUCGGGAGAAGCCCUAUAAAUGCUUAGAGUGCGGGAAGAACUUUUUUCAGAGCAACGUCCUUAAGAAGCAUCAAAGAAUUCACACUGGGGAGAAGCCCUAUAAAUGCUUAGAGUGCGGGAUGAACUUUGCUCAGAGCACAACCCUUAAGCAGCAUCAGGGAAUUCACACUGGGGAGAAGCACUAUAAAUGCUUAGAGUGCGGGAAGAACUUUGCUCAUAGCAAUGUCCUUAAGCAGCAUCAAAGAAUUCACACUGGGGAGAAGCCCUAUAAAUGCUUUGAGUGCGGGAAGAACUUUGCUCAACGUGCAAACCUUGAGCGGCAUCAAAGAUUUCACACUGGGGAGAAGCCCUAUAAAUGCUUAGAAUGUGGGAAGACCUUUGCUCAAAGCGCAAGCCUUAAGCUGCAUCAAAGAAUUCACACUGGAGAGAAGCCCUAUAAAUGCUUAGAGUGUGGGAAGAGCUUUGCUCAAAGCGCAAGCCUUAAGCUGCAUCAAAGAAUUCACACUGGAGAGAAGCCCUAUAAAUGCUUACAGUGUGGGAAGAGCUUUACUCAAAGCACAAGCCUUAAGCUGCAUCAAAGAAUUCACACUGGGGAGAAGCCCUAUAAAUGCUUAGAGUGCGGGAAGAGCUUUGCUCAGGGUAUGCAUCUUAAGCAGCAUCAAAGAAUUCACACUGGGGAGAAGCCCUAUAAAUGCUUUGAGUGCGGGAAGAGCUUUGCUCGGGGUAUACAUCUUAAGCAGCAUCAAAGAAUUCACACUGGGGAGAAGCCCUAUAAAUGUUUUUAGAGUCGGAAGAUCUUUGCUCUGUGCUCAAGCAGCAUCAAAGAAUUCUAUUAAAGCAGCCCAAAAUAGCAUUUCCUUUUAUUGCAGCCAUAUCACAGUGUUGGCUCAUAUUCUGCUUGUGAUCUACAACAAUUCCAAGAUCCUUCUCGUUUGUAGUAUUGCUGAGCCAAGUAUCCCCCAUCUUGUAAAUGUACAUUUGGUUUCCUUUUCCUAGGUGUAGAAGUUGGCAUUAAUCCCCAUUAAAAUUCAUUCUGUUGUUUUCAUAUCAGCACUCCAGCCUGUCAAGAUCACUUUGAAGUUUGUUUCUGUCUUCCAGGGUAGUAGCUAUCCCACCCAAUUUUGUGUCAUCUGCAAACUUUAUAAGCGUUCCCUGCACCUCCUUCAAUAUUUAAUAAAAAUGUUGAAGAGGACUGGGCCCUGGACUGAUCCCUGCGGUACCCCACUCCUUACCUCCUCCCAGAUUGAGA